UUAGAUCGUAACCAUGAAGGGAUAAUUAGUCAAGCCUCAGGUCAAUACUGACAGAGUUUCAAGUGAAAUGUGUAGUUCCUAAUGAAUCCGCGGAGGGAAGACAUGCGUCAACAGAUGUUUGUGUUAGCUGUGUUAUUAAAUAUGUUCGUAUUGUCUACUGCGGAUAAUGAUACUGUAUACAGUGGACUGCUAACACCUGGAUGCGUGCAGCACUAUCACAGGAUAUACGUGACGAAGCAAGUUCCUGCUCGGAAUUAUAUGUACUAUCAUGAAGUCCUUGCUGGACAGCAACUCGAGAGUGAUGUCAUAAAGUCCGUAGACUUUCGCUGGAGGAUAGUGGGUGGCACAAAGAUACCCAUCGAAGAUGCGCCGUACCAAGUUUUGCACGGCAAGUAUUGCGGUGCAGCGCUCAUAGCACCAGAAUGGGUCAUUACUGCUGCUCAUUGUAAUCCUAAGGAAACACAUGUGUACGCUGGUUCCACACAUCGAAGUAAAACAAAAGGGUAUCUGAUUUGUGCACAUUUCCUACAUCCUUUAUGGAACAUUACCAGUAAAAUACAUAGUCAUGACUUCGACUACCAGUUGGUUCUGUUAGAAACUCCAAUACCUGUGAAUUCAUUUUCGAGGCCCAUUGCGAUCGGAACUGUAGCAGACAUUCAACCAGGCGUCAUGGUCUCAAUAAGUGGAUGGGGUCAUUUGGCAUAUAAAAAAAGCAAAAUGCAAGAUCUGCUCCAACGAAUAUAUGUGCCCAUAAUAGGAAGCGAUGUGUGUAAAGCUAUUGCUCAUGAAUCCUACAAUGCUUUGACGCCGAGAAUGUUCUGCGCAGGAUAUAUUGACGGGUCUAAAGAUUCUUGUCAGGGGGACUCAGGCGGGCCAGUUGUUGCGAACGGUAAACUAAUAGGUCUAGUAUCAUUUGGGAUAGGAUGUGCAACUCCAAAUAAACCAGGUGUCUAUGCUAACGUGCCGUAUGUCAGACAAUGGAUAAGAAAAAUAACCGGUUUACCUUUAUAAUUAAGAGAUAAUGUUCGUAUAAAUAUUAAUCUUUUCUUUGAUAAUAUGAAUGAUAAAUAAAAGGGAGCUAAAAGUAAUACCCCGUGGAACUCCGAAUUUAAGAGACGACUCAUAAACGACGAUAAUAUAAAGGUAUUCGUAAGGUUACAUCAAAUACUUGUUUUUUUAUUUAUUUAUUAUGUAACGUAUAAAAAACAAAAGAGUUAAACAUUUUUUUUUUUAUUAAAAAAUGUUUCCAUAAUUUUUUACUUCUGAUGAAAUAUCUAUAAAAGCAAAUGGUGUUCAAACUCAACUUCUAACAAUUUGAUUUUACAAUAUUAAAAUUUUUGUAUAAUGA